AUGAAGAACCUCACCAUCUUCUCCAUUUUCUUCAUCUUCAUCCUCUUAUCAUCCUCCAUAUCCUCAUCCUCAUCCUCCUCAUUGUUUCGAACCCGUUUCUUGGCCGGCAAAGACCCGAAAGGCAAGAAAUGCGACACCGAUCCAUCAGUUUGCUACACUGCCGGCAGCGGUGGCCCUCAAUGCUGCAACAAACAAUGCGUUAACGUCGAGUCCGACUACAUGAACUGCGGCAAAUGUGGCAACAUGUGCAAGUUCACUGAAGUUUGCUGCGGAGGAAAAUGCGUCAAUAUUGCUUUUGAUAAACGUCACUGUGGUAGAUGCUUCAAUAAGUGCCAGCAUGGUGUUUUAUGCCUCUUUGGGAUGUGCCAAUAUGCUUAA